GCUGAUGUCAGAACGUGAGCGCCGCCGUGUGCUGACGCUACACGUAGCCUGCCAGGAGGAGGAGGAGGGGUCUGGACAUUUUUUUCCUUCCUUCAUUUCCUUUUUUCCCCUUUUUCUUUUCUUUCUCUUUUUUUCUCCCCUUUUCUCCACUCGUUCACUUUUUCCCAUUCUUUGUUUUGUCGGCUCUUCUAUUUUGUAAUGCCCCCUAGCCUCCCGCGCGUGUCUCCGGCGGGCUCCCCUCCUUCUCCUGUUUCACAGAGCCGGGGCUGACCGGGCUGGAGGGAAGGCUGAGGCAUCCAUAUCAUUACUGCAGCAGCAACUCGCCAUAAUACCGAUUUAUUCGUUCGCUUUCAUUCGUCCCAUCAACCACCCCCUUCCCCGAACCCCUUCCUCUGCUCCUGAGCGCUGAGAAACCCUUACAGACUGUGGGGAGAAGAGACGGCCGAAAAGAACAAGCCCUGUGUCUUUAAGCAGCUGCAGAGGCUGUUCCAUUAAAGUGUGUUUUGAAUGAGAGCAAGAAGGGGAGCGAGCAUGUGUGUGGGUGGCUGUGUGCGCGACUAUUGGCAGAACUCUCGGUGUGACAGCGGAUGGGAACAGCUGGGCUCAGCCCUGCUUCAGAGCAGCUUGUCAGAGCAAUUAUCUUGGCGAAGGAAAGGCAACGAGGGGCCGUAGCUCACCAUUCACAGAGACCGAGCAAAAAAAAAAAAAAAGAGGAGAAAAGAGCCCUUUGAGGUUGUGAUAAACUGGAUAAAUAAAACAGAUCUCGGCCAUUAUCGAAAUAAAUCUGCUCCCGCGACUCACAAUGAGGAUCUCUUUCAUAAGGUGGAAUAGCUGAUUUUCUUCAGACUCCAUCCCGCUUGCUCCCUCCCAGCAGUUGCUACACCCUGCUCUGUAUUAUGCUGAAGAUGUCCCAUGGCCACACAACCCAGGAAGCUCUAGAGAUUAUGAAGGAGUCGGAGAAGUGUCUGGUUGAGGAAUCUUUAAACAGAAGCAAGGCUCUGUCCAGAUCCCCUAGUAAAGAGGACCAGGAAUCCGAUGAGCCAAACUCACGUCAGGAACCACAGAGGCGGAAUGCAAGCCACGGACAUGCUAGGAAGAGAGCCAAGUCUAACUCAAAGUUAAAGCUUGUAAGAAGUUUAGCUGUCUGUGAAGAGUCUUCUGGACCUUUCGUAGAUGGCCCUUUGGAACCACAGGAUGUCAUCCAUCUACAUAUUAGCUGCCCAUCUGACAAGGAAGAGAAAGCCUGUAAAGAUGGAUCUGAGAAAGAAGAAAAAAGUAAAGAAAAGGGUCCUAAGAAAAUGCUGUCCAGAGACUCAAGUCAGGAGUACACAGACUCUACAGGAAUAGAUGUACAUGAAUUUUUAGUGAAUACACUGAAAAAUAAUCCAAGGGACAGAAUGAUGCUGCUAAAAUUAGAACAAGAAAUUCUUGAAUUCAUUAAUGAUAAUAGCAAUCAGUUUAAGAAGUUUCCACAGAUGACCUCAUAUCACAGGAUGCUUUUACACCGUGCUGCUGCAUACUUUGGCAUGGAUCAUAAUGUAGACCAAACAGGCAAAGCCGUCAUCAUCAAUAAGACCAGUAACACACGAAUUCCUGACCAGAGGUUUUCUGAGCACAUCAAGGAUGAGAAGAGCUGUGAAUUCCAACAGCGGUUCAUUCUGAAGAGAGAUGAUGCCAGCAUGGAUCGGGAUGAUAAUCAGAUUAGAGUACCAUUACAGGAUGGCAGACGGAGCAAGUCCAUAGAAGAGAGAGAAGAGGAAUAUCAACGGGUACGAGAGAGAAUUUUUGCACGGGAGUCUGCCCAAAAUGGUCAUAUUGUAGAAAGCAGAAUCUACAGAGAAGGCUUUACCACUAUUUCUCACAAAAGGAGACAGUUGUUUAGAGGGAACAGAGACUUGCUGAAUCGAGGCUCUGGCAGUCGGCAGAGCAGCACUGAAAGCGAACUGAAGUCUCUGGAUCCCAGGCCCUGGAGCAGCACAGACUCAGAUGGCUCCUGUCGAAACAUGCGUCCUCCUGUAACCAAAGCCAGCAGCUUUAGUGGCAUCUCCAUCUUAACAAGAGGGGAUAGUAUUGGGAGCAAUAAAAGCACCAACAACCGCACUGGCAGGCCAGGUUUGCUACUUGGUACCCCAGAAGUAUGCACUCAAGCGUCUCAGCAGUCCUCUCGAAGCAUAAUCCCAUGCAAUGCACAGCAACAGCAGCCCCAUCCUCACCAAACACUUCCACCCACUCCCCAGCAACAGUCCCUGAGUAACCAUUUAAUAUCACAGACCCUCCAGCCCUCUUCACAACCGCUCCAGUACUCCGCCAGCUCCUGCCCCCAAGUCAUUCUACCAGUUUCACCUCCCCAGCAGUACAAUGUGGCGGAUGAUUUAAAUAAUCAUUUUCAUCAGAUGACUCUAAGUCGCCAGGGCUCCUCUGAGGCACCAGAUCCUUCCUCUGCCAUCUACCAACCACCUCUCAUCUCCCAGCAUCCCCAGCAGGCUGGCUACAUCAUGACAUCUGGGGGGCAAGCUCUAACCACGACCGGCUACCCUUCCUCAGGGCACCCAUCCCCAACACAACAAGUCAUCUCUACGCAGGGAUACAUGCAGCCUCCACAGCAAAUUCAGGUCUCGUAUUACCCCACGGGGCAGUACCCAAACUCUAGCCAGCAAUACAGACCUCUGUCACACCCAGCUGCCUACAAUUCACAGCGUAAUCAGCAGGUCACCCAGCCAACUCAGCAACCUGGUAUGCAGCCAAUUGUUUCCAGUCAGCCUCCUUCUUACCAGGGCAUGAUGAGUGUGCAGCAGUCACAGAAUUCUGCCAUAAUUAGCAACCAGAGAGCCAGUGUUGGCAAUCAGAUGCAGAGCAUGAUGGUGCAGUUCACUCCACUCCCCUCAUAUCAAGUCCCAGUGGGAAAUGAAUCACAGGGAGUUGUGCCGCAGACCUAUCAGCAGUCCGUGCUAGUCCCCACCAACCAAUCUGUUCAGGGAGCCAUGCCAACCAGUGGGAUGCCAGUUUACUAUAGUGUUAUACCACCAGCUCAACAAAAUGGCUCCAGUCCAUCAGUUGGCUUUCUCCCACCUCCUGGCUCAGAGCAAUACCCGAUGCCUCAAUCUCCCUCACCUUGUAGCCCUACACAGAUUCAACAGCAGUAUCCAGGAGUGAACCCUUCAGGCCUGGGAGUUGUUGUAAUGCAGCUGAAUGUACCCAAUGGCCCACAGGCUCCUUCCCAGAACCCACAAAUGGUACAGUGGAACCACUGCAAAUAUUUUAACAUGGACCAGAGGGGACAGAAGCCGGAACAUUUAUAUAACCCAGAUGUCGGCAGCCAGGCCAGUAACCUGCUGAGCAGUCCCAUUACUUCCCCAGCGCAGUCUCCAACGCCUUCGCCAGGCUCCAGCAUAAAUAGCGUGUGCACUGGGCUUUCACCACUUUCUGUCCUCACCCAAUUUCCUCGGCCUGUGGGCCCUGCACAAGGUGAUGCUAGAUACUCCCUUCUAGGACAACCACUGCAGUACAACCUCUCAGUCUGCCCCCCUUUACUGCACAGCCAGUCCCCAUACCCUACACAAAUGACAGGGAUGAAGCAUGGAAACCGAGGGAAAAGGCAGGCUCUGAAAUCUGCUUCAACGGACUUGGGUACAACUGAUGUAGUUCUUGGCCGGGUCUUGGAAAUAACAGAUCUGCCAGAGGGCAUCACUCGAGCUGAAGCUGGAAAGCUUUUUACACAGUUGGCAAUGUCCGGGGCCAAAAUCCAGUGGCUGAGAGACACUCAGGGUCAUAAUCAAGGGCCCAAUGGUGACAACAAUGGACCUACAGAAAAUGGCCGCCAAACCCACAACAGUGAUCUGGCAGCGUUUUACACCAUUGUGGCAGUCUUCCCAAGCACCACAGCAGCACAGAAUGCCUCAGUACAGCUUAAUAACCCAAUCAGCCACUUCAAACUGCGCAGCAUCAAGAAGAACUAUGAUUUGCGCAUACUAGAACGUGCCAGCUCCCAGUAGCAUGUGGAGAAGGGCGGGAGAGGUGUGAGAAAAGUGGCAAGAAGACAGAGAAGGGGGAAUAGACUCCUCACAAUCCCCCCUUUUUUAUCACUCUUUCCCCUUCUUCCCUUUCCUGCCCCCAAAAAUAGAAGCACACUGGACUUAGAAAUACAGCCUCUCCCUUCCCCAGUUUUCUUUUCUUCUUUCGUCCUUUGCCAGUCCCUUUCACUUGCUUCACUUGGCUCACUAUGUUUUGCUUCAUUACGGGUGACUAAUUCUAGUUAUUAAGAGUCAUAGACAGGGUAGCAAUGAUCAAGUUAAUCUCUCAUCUUUUCAGCCAUAUUCACAUUCUGUAAUAUUAAAAUAAGGAUACGAUGAAGAAAGCACAAAUGAUCCACUUUCAGAUACAAACAUUCUAUUCAUGGGUGCUAUGCGCCUCUGAAUAAAACUUGCGUACAAUUGUUCCGAAAGGCCGUUUUGUGCGGUUACUUGUUGGAAGCUGCAGGACUAAUCAACUUUAAGAAGAUCCCCCCGCCCCCAUACAGUUUUGAACACAGAAGCAGUAAAAUAUGCAACGUUUUAGUUUGAGUUGAGAAUGCAAUGAAGAAUGGAACAUAUGUUUUCUCCCAUUUUAUUCCACUAUAGUGACAAAAUAUUUAACAAGACAAGUGGAAAUAGAGGAAAAUUAAGUUAUCUGAAUACCACAUUUAAUUAUGCUGGAUCACAAAUUGCACCAAAUCCUCCAGUGAUGUACAAACGCAUGAACAUGUGUUGCUUUUAGAAGUCUCACUAAAAAUUUUGUUAUGCACUAAUAUGCUUUUUAGACCACUCAAUGUGUUCCGUUUGUGUGUGCAUAGGCCUAGUCUUAGCUCUAGGACUAGUUCCAGAUGUUCUAGCCAUAUCUGCUGUUCUUCCAGAAUGCAUUUUUUCCUGUGACUUCCUACUGAUUCAAAACAAAGACCGAUACAGAGCACAUAUGAUGGCGUUGUGGGGAAGCAGCUGUUGUGACUAUGCAUGCAGGUGGCAGACAAAGUGUGCAGGUUCCCAAGAGACUAGGAUUAUUUUACACAUAAACAAUAUACAUGGGGUGUUCUAAACAUACACUUAAGAUAUGGACAGUUUGUGAGAAUUGAACUGUAACACGCAGUUUUCAGGCAAGCGUGUGAGACACCAUAUUUGUCUUACCCAGCAAUCGGUAUACGGCUUGAUCUAAACUCAUGGAGAAUGCUGCCCUUAUAGAGCGAUAGUAAGUGCAAAUGGUGCUAAAAGGGACAGUUUUAGAGGUAUCUGUAUUCACUUUUCGAAACAGGAUAAUUAUAUGCAGGGGACUGCAUUGUGUAUCCUCUGGUAUCCUUUAACAUCAACGCUUAGAUUAAGAACUAAUGUUAGCUGAUCCACAUAUCCUCAGAUCUGAAAUGAAGGUCUGCUGGAACCAUAAAGGUGGAAGUCCUGGCUUCAUCCUAAUGCUGCUUUGCCAGUGGCCCUGGAACUAGAGUUGUACACCCCAAAUUUCUGUCAGUCUACUCUUGGUUCAUUCACAGCUUCUUGCACUUUGUUUCACUCUUAAUUGCGCAAUCAACUUGUUUUACUGAUGUUUUUCCCUUUAAAAUUUGUGUUUUACACUUUUUUCUUGUUCAUAUACAGUUUUCUCAUUCACUUGUUAUUUGUCCUUUGCUAUUUCUCUCUUUACCUUUGCAUCAUUGUGUUUAUUAAUUCUGACCUCUCCUCCCAGCCUGUUGUUUUUAUUCUUCCUUUCCCUUUAUAUGUUGCACAUCCUGCACCCAUUGCUGUACCUUGCAGGCACUAUUCUGCCUAAAGCGAUGAAACCUGGCGCCCCUCCCCCACCUGCCUAACUUCUGUUUAAAGAAACGUUAACCCAUUUGUUGAUCAAGAGUUGAGUUUCGCUGCACCAGGAACCAAACUGCCACAUGCUGAAGGAAAAGACAGAGAAAAAUUACAAUUUUUUUGCCCAGAGUGGAAAAAUCGACCUUUUAUUUCUUUUUCUUGGAGUUGGUUGUCCCUGAACAUUGUAUAGUUUUUUUUUUUUUUUCUUUGAUGCUUGUGAGAGUACAUUAACAUGGGUAUUUAUUUGCACAGAUGGGCUGUACUCACUGUAAAUUUUUAUUUAAUCCAAUUUUGUUUUUAAAUAUGGAAAAAAAAGAAAUAUGUGUCACAUUAAAAACAAGUGUGUCCUUUU